CUGAUGUAAUGAUAUCCACCUUGCAAAAGCGUCUUCAAAAUGCGCUUCUAUCCUUGAUGGGACCUUCGAGUUACUUUAGGAUAGGGUCGCAUCUUGGGCGUGACACCUCGACUCCUCAGCUGUCCAGCUCUGGGAUUCCAGCUCUAACCGACUGCGGAGAACACUGCAAGGUGUGCAUGAGUCGAGAGUUGGUUCACUGGCAUGGAAUAACAACAUCCUGACCGCUGGUGAUAUGGACGGCAAGAUUGUGAACAAUGAUACGAGGAUUAGGAACCAUGCUGUGCAGACAUACCAUGGCCACGAGCGGGAGGUGUGUGGACUUAAGUGGUCAGCAUCAGGCCAGAAGCUGGCCAGUGGUGGGAACGACAACCUCCUCCACAUAUGGGAUGUGUCUAUGGCAUCGUCUGCACACUCUACAGGCCGCACCCAAUGGUUACACAGGCUUGACGAUCACUUGGCUGCCGUGAAGGUGCUUGCAUGGUGCCCAUUCCAGAGCAACCUCCUGGCAUCUGGCGGUGGCGUAGGUGACCGAUGCAUCAAGUUUUGGAACACACACACUGGCGCAUGCCUCAACUCUGUCAACACUGGGUCACAAGUGUGUGCACUCCUCUGGAACAAGAAUGACAGAGAGCUGUUGAGCUCGCAUGGAUUCACGCAGAAUCAGCUUGCCCUAUGGAAGUACCUGUCGAUGGUUAAGAUGGCUGAACUCAAUGGCCAUACUUACCCUGUCCUCUACAUGGCCCAGGAAAUACAACCUGCCUCUGCAUUGUAAGUUGGAUAUUCCCACCAGAAAUCGAGCCUAGCAAAAUUGGAGCAGAGCCUUACCUUCAGGUUGUAUAUGUGAUUGGCCACCAAACUGGAAAACCGAAGAACUCUGGCUGAGCUGCCUGAAGUACGGAUCUUGAGCUUUUGCAGGGACUGACCAUGAAGUCGCUCUUUUGAAACGGUUAUUCAGUUGGGCAACAGUUCUAAAAAGGAAGAUGAUAACAUUCCAUGGCUCCAUCACUGAGAGCAAGGGCAAAGAGCUAUGCCAGUUGUUACUAAGCUUCUCCAAAUAUGUAUGCAUAUUAGCAUGCAGCGCCCCGUCUUGAGAAAGGUUUUAUACUGUAUGUUCUAGAAGGCAAGGCACCAGCUUUGUUUGCUUGCACUAGUUGUCAAGUUGAGCAACGGUAGUUUUGUGAGAGCGGACUCUUUUAUGGCCUGAUUGGAUUGUCGUUUUCCACACAUUUUUACAGCUGUAAAAUAUACAGACACAUCAGCCCGUCAUUUUUUUCCAGUUGGAGAUCACAUAUA